AAAUGUGAAGCAUGCGUAAACCCUGCUUCUACCCCUGUUUGUCUCUUUCUCUGGCAAGUGCGAACCAAAAGAACCAUAUCUUCUGACUCUCUCACUCUCAAUUCCAAAACCGAAGCAAAUGGAGUUGUGCACCGUGAACGCGAUUCUUCCACCAAGGCUUUCCGUUUCCACAACGCACGCAGCUUCCGUUCGAAACCUCAAAUCCUCCGUUCCGUUCCCCCGUUUCAUCAUCCGCGCUCAACGCGAAUUCGAGAGAAUGAGAGGACUGCGACCCCGUGCGACUGUGAGUGACGGCCGUUCCUGUGAGGCGGUGGACGAGAGCCGAAUGCAUAGAGUGUGUGACAAGCUGAUUGGGGUUUUCAUGGUGGACAAGCCCACCCCAACCGAUUGGAGAAGGUUGUUGGCUUUCAGCAGAGAAUGGAACAACCUCAAGCCUCAGUUCUUUGCGCGCUGUCAAGAAAGAGCCGAUGCCGAAGAGGAUCCCGCCAUGAAGGAGAAGUUGCUACGCCUUGCAAGAAAGCUCAAACAGAUUGAUGAGGAUGUGCAGAGACACAAUGACCUUCUUGAGGUGGUAAAACAAGAUCCUUCAGAAAUUAGUGAGAUUGUCUCCAAGCGUCGUAAAGAUUUUACUGAGGAGUUCUUUAUUCACUUUCAUACAGUGGCUGAAUCCUACUAUGAUAACAAAGAAAAGCAAAAUGAAUUGGCAAAGAUUGGGAACGCAUGCUUGGCUGCUGUACAAGCCUAUGAUGCUGCAACUGAAAGCAUUGAACAAGUAAAUGCUGCAGAGUUGAAAUUCCAAGAUAUUAUCAGUUCUCCUUCGCUUGAUGCUGCCUGCAGGAAGAUAGACAAUUUGGCUGAAAAACAAGAACUUGACUCAACAUUGGUAUUGAUGAUCACCAAAGCUUGGUCAGCUGCGAAGGAGACAGACAUGAUGAAAGAAGAGGUAAAGGAUAUCCUAUAUCAUUUAUACAAGACUGCUGUGGGAAAUCUUCAGAGACUUGUGCCGAAAGAGGUUAGAAUAGUGAAGUAUCUUAUUCAAAUCGAUGAUCCGGAAGAGCAAUUGUCUGCCCUUAAAGAUGCAUUUACACCUGGAGAAGAAAUUGAAGGAAAGGAUGUGGAUAAUUUGUACACGACACCAGAGAAGCUUCACACUUUAAUAAAGAGUGUGGUGGAUGCUUAUCAUUUGAGUAGAGAAGGUAGCCUCAUUAGGGAAGCGAGGGAUCUGAUGAGUCCGGAAAUCAUCCAAAAAUUAGAGGUGCUCAAGAUGGUUGUCGAAAGGAACUUCAUGUGAAUAGAAGACAUGCUAAGAUGGCUUUCCUACUUUGAAGUGCCAAAAUUCUAUUCUUGAGGCAUGAGAUUCUCUGCCCACCAACUACAAGCCCAGACGUACAGGGGCACUGCAAGGAAAUAUGUAGUUACUGGGUAGUGUUUAAGGAUUCGGAAUUCUUUUUGACCAUAGAAUAAAACAACUUUUUUUUUAGUGAAAAAUAGACGAGCAAAGCAGGAAACAAAAUAUACAACAAUCAUAAUGACAGCAUGUAAGUUAGGUUUGUCUAUGGUUUUGGUCACAAUAACUAUAGGAAAUCUAAAAGUGAGUAGGGAAAUGUGUUCUUUACACGUAGGAGAUGGAACUAUUACAUAUUAGACCCGUAUAUGAAUACAGGACUUGGACUUUUGAGCCCUGGCACAGGGUGAUUGUUCUACCAAAAGUCUAGGUCCUUAGUUAAGUCACUUGUAAGGUUAAAGAUAGAAUGUAUGUGUGCACAUCCUCAGGUAUUUUGUU